GUGACUGUGUUCAAGAGGGACCAAGCGACUAUCACCAAGUAAAAGGCAGACGCAAAUCAAAGACAGGAGGUGGAGGUGACAAGAGCAGCACGCAAAUCCAGGCCACACCACUAUCUUCAGUUCAGAGAGAGUGUGUUGAAUUAAGAGAUUUUCAGCAGCUGCAAGGUGCUGUCAGGUUGCCAAAAGGCCAGAGAAAGAGCACAAAAGAUAGCACGACAUCUGUUGUCUCAAGCUUGCUAGAUACCCCAAAGAGUGCAGCAUCCAAGGGGAAAAGAAAAUCUGAAGGCCCGAAGAAGCAGAACCUCCUUCUCACCGGAGGAAAGAGGAAAUAUACAAAAAAGAACAUGAAGGUCAAGCAAACAACUGCCAGUGGUGAAAGCAGACCUAAUACGGGAAAGGAAGCUGUGCCAAAGAGAAAAGUUGGGCGUCCUCGCAAGAUUGUCCAGCCUCCUGUUUCUAACGGUGACAGCACUCCAUCCUCCGUAAUGCCAAAGCAAGCAGACAAGAUUCAUUAUAUGCAUGUUGGAGAAGAAGGGAGUAUAAGUUCUCCCCCAAAAUCCCAGCAAGUCAAGGAUCAGAAUCUGUAUCCUGAGUGCCAUAAGGAAAAACAAAAUGUAGAGAAUUCACCGCCAUCUGAAGUUUUACAACCGGAAAUUGUAGCUCCUUUGAUGAGCCUACAGUUCAGAAAUGAGGACUCAGUAACACCUGUAACGCUGGAACCUCCUCCAGAGGAAAACGCAAGCAGACCACAGAGCAGUGCCAGGCGAUUGGCAGCAUCCAAAAGAAGAACGAGUUUACUGAGACAGUUCCGAAAGGAAGCCCCCAUCGUUCCUGAAACCCCCAAACAGUCUUCAGAAGAAGAACAGAACAAAAAAUCUCAGAGUGCCGCACAAAUUGGUGGGAAAGUGCCGUGGAUUAAUCGUAAGAAAAGAAUCCCGAACUCAAGAAGAUGGUCAAAACCAAAGAAAAAUAAGUUUUACAAGAAGAAGUUGCGCAGAGGAGGUGCAAAAACGUCUGAUUCAGAUAAGACAGCACUACCUCCAAAUAAGGCAAAAUUGGGAUCAACCAGCGCGGAAACUGAAGAUCCAAAACAAGAGGAGUCUGUAGUUCCUUCAGUCGUGGUCGCAGACAUAGGAAACCUAGGGAACACAACCCUAACUCCUGAAGAAGGUGAAGCCUCAAAGGAAGGAAGUAGUGAACACCAGAAGUCUUUUAGAGAUGACAAAGAUAAAGUUGGCAUUCAGAUAGAGGAUAGUGCGCUCGUUCAAUCGCCAGUUCUUUUUCCAAUAGCGAGUCCAAGGCUGGAAAGGGAAAAACUCCACUGCAGUCAUCUGUCAACAAGCAACUGUAACGAUUCGCUUGGAAAGACACAAGAGAUUUCAGAAAUAUAAUUUGAGAAGUGAGAUCGGUUCCACAUUCUUAAUAUUAAAAAAAAAAAAAAAAAAGUUAUGUGCAAUUGUAAUUUUUAUUGAUCUUUCUUCGCUUCUUCGCUCGUUUUCUUCCUGUAUCCUGCCUCCUCUUGCAAAUUUCUUGAUAUCUAAGAUAGGUUUUUGCAGCAAGACAAAACAUGACAUACAUUAGCACCUUUGCAGGUGAGACACUCAUCGUAAGAGGGUGAAAAGCUCCCACGACUCAGUACUAACACCUUUUGUAUAUUUUAAAAAGACCUGCACAUGUAUUUAUCUUAAAGCAAAAAAAAA